AUGCCAACGCAACCAACCAUCCAGGACCGUAACGUCGGGUUCUUGAAACAGACCAAUCAGAGGAAAAGUUUGCGGGAUCAACCAAUCAGGAGCGGUUACCCCGAGCAGCCCACCCGCCAGCCGUCAUCCAUCCCGGCCCUACGAAAGGCUAGGGACGUCAAAGAAAUCAAUGCCCUCGUCUCUGUCGCCGAAAAACUCUAUGCCGCGAAUGAGAACGUUGAGAAGAGCCUCUCCUGA